CUUCUCCUCCGGUCCCCUCAGCCCUCGGCCGGGCCCCUUCCCCCAGGCCGCCCCCCUUGUGCUCGUGGACGGCCCAGGGGUUCGAACAUCUGUGCGCUCUCGCGGCCGGGUGCCUGUGCGCCCUCGCGCCGCCUCGGCCUCGCUCCCGGGCAGCCGCGCGCCGGGCGCAUUGUCUUGUCUUUUGCACUGUUGCAAUUUCUGUCUCCCUUCUGGGGAGAGGAGGAAGCGCCUCGCCAGCUUCCAACCUCUGUUGCAUCUGGAGGCGCCCACUGAGCUGCGCUGCACCCAGCUGAGCCCGCUCCCCCGGCCCGGCUCGGCUCCUUGGCUUUCCCUUCUUUCUCCUUCCUUCGGGGCGACCGCCUUUCUCCCCCUUCGCCUGCCCCCUGCCACCCGCCGCGAUGAUGGAGCAGCAGCCGCCUCUCUGGGGCGCCCCCUCCGAGUCCGUGCGCAGCCCGGGUCGCCGGGAGCCGCUGGGGGCCCAGCGGCCAGCUCGGCUGGUCGCCGGACUACUUCAGCCCACAGCCCGGGGACUCUUCGGCUCCCCAGACUCCGUGGCCGCUUCCUCCCCGGUCACCACCCUCACGCGGACGAUGAACGACCUCACGGGAUUAGGGAGUGAGACCCCCAAGAGAAAGAAGCGGAGCCUGGCCUUCCGCAGCAGAGUCGUUUCACUCUCCAGAGAAUCAUUGUCUUCCGAGGCCUCAGAUUCAUCAGAAUUCUCCGACGCCG